UCAAAGGCAGACGCAAGCGCGCGAGAAAUCCGAGAAAAACUGGUACGCGAUCCCAGUAACGCAUUGAUUAUAAUAACUGCCAAAAUACAGCAUAUCAGUGGCGUGUGCUGCACUAGUUAGCAGUUUUAGCCAUUGUUUGUACUGGCUUUGAGUGCAGAGUGUCCAGUGGAUUAAAGUGAAGUUAAGGUGAAACGAGGUUUGGCAAUUGCAUUGACAAAGGAAGUGAGCAAAGUGAGUGAACGGGUUUCGGCCAGUAUUUUCACCAGGCCAAAUCGGAGAGCCGACGCAAAGCGGUGAAGUGAAUGCAAUUCCGAUUUCGAAACACACAGAAACGAAAGUCUGUCGAAGAAAGUUCUUCUCUCCACCGUCGAAUGCAAAAAUCCAAUUUCGAAACAAUUGAGUAAACCAGCAACUCCUGGAGGAAAUACGCGGCCAGAGUGCGAGAAGAAAACUGAAUCGAAUCGAACGGAGAACCUUGGUAUGCGAGUGCAGCUGCAAGGCGAAGGAUAAUGAAAAUGGGGAGUCAGGACAUCGACGGAGCGAAAUUAAAAGCAAACAGCCACAGAAAGCGACGGUGCAGUCCACUGCUCUAUGGAAUUAUCCUGUUCUGCAAAUUGGCGAUGAUAUCAGCAGAUGUUUCGGAGUCCGGAGUCCCUUACAGUCAGCCCCUCACCACGAUGGCAGGUCAGCCGCGCAAUGAUGACACCUUCCGGCCCAUCCUGCCCAUCGACAUCAGUCCGGAGUUUAUCUCGCGCAAUGUCUUCACCAAGUCGGGCCAGUACAGAGUGUUCCAGCCGGCGGAAAGUGAGAGUGAUCUUCGCCUGACAGUGGCCAUGAGCCGCAGGAACUUUAAGCAUCAGUCGGAUUCACCACAGAAAGUGGAGAAGCCUAAGGGUCCAUCAGUCAACGCGAUUAACGCAACCGCUGCCUCAAUCGAUGCGGAGUUAAAGGGCCUUGAAGAUCUGCUGACGGAAUAUGUGGAGCAGUUCUUUAGUCAGGGAAAAUACGAACCCACUCCUGGCUUGGUUUUUGCCCUUCAACAGAACCAUUCACAUCCACACGCGGAAGCUGGUAGGCGCAGUACACGCAGCAUAUUGGAGGACACCAAUGUGGAGCUGAAUGUUCCAAGAGCUUUUGAGAGUGCACGUCUGCUUUUCUUUAGUGGAUUAAAGAAGGUAAUGUGGCCCAUCUACAUGGGUCUUCAAGUUCUAAAGAGCGUGCUUUUCGCCAUGUUCCUGCCGACCAUCAUCAGCAGUGUAAGCCGACUGAUUGGCAAGGGCAUCACAUCCGGUUCAGCUGGCUCGGUGCCGUUGUUCAUCCGCCCCAUGGAACCGCCGCAGGAACUGGACUUCCGGGACAACAGCAUGAACUUCGAUGACGACAGCAAGUUUUCCUUGGCUGACGAGGGCAAAACUCCAGCUGGCUACGAGUACAAUGCAGAGGCAUCUCAGCAGCAGGCGCAAUACGCCCAGGUCAAUGGUAAUUCGGUGAAUCAGGCCACUCUUUCGCGUUACGGAGGUCAGCAGAUGAUGCAGGAUACUUAUCUUAGUGCCCUGCAGAGCAUUGGAGCUGCUUCCUUUAAGAAUUCCCAGAGUAUGUCUGGAUCAUUCAGUGCAGGUGCUGGUGGUGGUGCUCCGGGAAUGACAAAGAAGCCCACGCCGGCGGUGAUGAACACGUUCCAGAGCUUUCAAAAGGUGCCCAGCUCAUCGCUUUUGCUCUCCAACUAUGAUCCCUUCUACAGUCCACUUUUAUCCCGACUGGAUUCGGUCUUUGCCCAGCUUAAACUGAAUCCGGAGAACGAGGCUUGCCGUGAGAAACUCAUCUGUCUGAUGUAUGCCAACCCCGCAAAGUAUGCUCCCUACAGCAACCUCGUCUCCGCCCAAUUGAGCAGGGAGCUGAACGAGCUGCGUAAGCCAACUUCCGACAACCCGGACAUCCUGCGGUUCUUCAAGUACAUGCGGGCGGCAAAGGACGGCCAGGAUGGCAUCGACUGCGACGAGACCUUCGCCAAGUGCAAGGAGCUGAAGGACUUCGAGAACCCGGCCAUGCUGUCCACCUACAACGACAUCAACAAACUGGUUCAGGCCCGCAAGCUGGCGUAGACGGAGUUGGGGGUCGCAAAGUCACGGAGGAUGCUUUAGGGCGGGGUCGCGAUGACAGUAAAGUUCGUGGGAGUCACGUCGAAAGUCCGUCUGACUGGAUAGCUGGAAGGCUGGUUGGCCCUCUGGGGAUGGGCGGUGUAAUUAUGCAAAUCGUACUUUAGAUAGGAUAGCCUAGCCAUAUAUAAAAGUUCGUUAGACGGCAGCUGUCAGCGGAGGGUGGGAAUGGGGUUUGGCUGGGGCGGGGGCUGAGGUGGGGGCUUCAUUAAUAUGCUGUAAAUAGGAAACUUUGUUUCGUAGUUUAAUUAGCGCGAGCACCAAUUACUGGAUGAUGCUGUUAUUUUUAGCCAUUUAGAGGAAUUUCUUUAAGUAUUUAUUUCUAGCCUACGACUUCUAUGUUUAAACUUAACCCGUCUAUUUUUAAAUAUUUAUUCUGUUGUUAUGUUAUGUGCGAUUAGUCAGCGAGCGUUGUUCAAUGUCCUAAAUAAUCAAUAAAAUUAUGUUGUACCACUGAA